GGGAGCGCGCGCCGCCGCCGCCACACUUCCUCAAUCAGAGAGUAGGAGGGAAAAAAAGGAGGCGAAGAGAAACAAGAACAAGUUUGCGGUCCUACAAACAACAACGAGCAGGUGACUCCUGGCACUCGUCACCAUGCCUCCUUUCUUGAGGAUCGCCUUCAACGCCUUUGAGCUGGGCGUCCUGGCCCCCCUACCCGAUCCCCCUUUCUGUGCAAUCAAGAUGAAGGAGGCCAAGACGACAGAACGAGGCAAGAUACUUGUCCAGCAGAAACCCACCAUGUAUCCCGCCUGGAAGGCCAGUUUUGACGCACACAUCUACGAGGGCCGUGUGCUGGAGGUGCUGCUGAUGAAGACGGCGGAGGAGCCGCUGGCUGAGGUCACUGUUGGCGUGUCUGUGCUCGCCGAGCGCUGUAAGAAAGCCAACGGGCGUGCUGAAUUCUGGGUGGAUCUCCAUCCUUCUGGUAAGGUGAUGAUGGCAGUGCAGUACUUUUUGGAAGGAGCGGAUUCAGAGAGUAAGCAGGCGGCCAAAGAAGAAGAGGCUCCCACCCUAAAUCGCAGACGAGGUGCCAUCAAGCAGGCCAAGAUCCACUUCAUAAAGAACCACGAGUUCAUCGCCACCUUCUUCAGGCAGCCCACAUUCUGCUCUGUGUGCAGGGAGUUUGUCUGGGGACUCAACAAGCAAGGCUACAAAUGCAGACAAUGCAACGCAGCCAUCCACAAGAAAUGCAUCGACAAAAUCAUUGGCAGAUGCACCGGCACUGCUGCCAACAGUCGGGACACUGUGUUCCAGAAGGAGCGCUUCAACAUCGACAUGCCGCAUCGCUUCAAGGCCCACAACUAUAUGAGUCCCACUUUCUGCGACCACUGUGGAAGCAUGCUGUGGGGUCUGGUCAAGCAGGGCCUGAAAUGCGAAGAUUGUUGCAUGAACGUUCACCACAAGUGUCAGGAUAAAGUGGCAAACCUUUGUGGCAUCAACCAGAAGCUACUCGCUGAAGCGCUUACACAAGUCAGCCAGAAAUCCUUCAUUCGCCGUUCUGAUCCAAACCUUCCAAAUCUGCCUGAUAUCGGAAUCUAUGAUGAGGUUAAUAAGCUGUCUGAACUGGAUAUCAACGAUUCAAGUCAAUAUAGCAGAAUAUGGGGCGGGUCCAGUCCUCGGCCUCAGACACGCCUGACUCAUCUGACCCACAUCAACGUGGACGACUUUGUCUUCCAGAAGGUCCUGGGAAAAGGCAGCUUUGGCAAGGUUCUCUUGGCAGAGCUGAAAGGUCGGGAAGAGUACUUUGCAGUGAAAGCUCUGAAGAAGGAUGUGGUGCUGAUGGAUGACGAUGUGGAGUGCACCAUGGUGGAGAAGAGAGUCUUAGCUUUAGCCUGGGAAAACCCUUUCCUCACACACCUUUACUCAACUUUCCAGACUAAGGUACAUCUUAUCAUAUUGUAUAUCAGCUGCAGUGACAACUCACAACGGCGCUGUUCCCUGCAGGAGCAUCUAUUCUUCGUGAUGGAGUACUUGAACGGCGGGGACCUCAUGUUUCACAUUCAGGAAAAAGGACGUUUUGAUGUCUGCAGAGCCACGUUUUACUCUGCUGAGAUCAUUUGUGGCCUUCAGUUCUUACAUUCCAAAGGGAUCAUCUACAGAGAUCUAAAGUUAGACAAUGUGAUGCUGGACCACGAGGGACACAUAAAAAUAGCUGACUUUGGCAUGUGCAAGGAGAACGUGUUCGGAGAGAACCGCGCCACCACUUUCUGUGGCACACCUGACUACAUUGCCCCUGAGAUCCUGUUGGGCCAGAAAUAUUCUUUCUCAGUGGACUGGUGGUCGUUUGGCGUGCUGCUGUACGAAAUGCUUGUCGGGCAGUCCCCCUUCCACGGAGACGACGAGGAUGAGUUGUUUGAGUCCAUCCGCAUGGACACCCCUCACUAUCCCCGCUGGAUCAACAAGGAGGCCAAGGAGCUGCUGGAGCGGCUGUUUGAAAGAGACCCAACACGCAGGCUGGGCAUCAUGGGUAAUAUCCGUUUACACGCCUUCUUCAAGUCCAUCGACUGGCAGGCCUUGGAGAGCAAAGAGGUGGAGCCACCCUUCAAGCCCAAAGUGCGAGCAGCCAAUGAUUGCAGCAACUUUGAUCGCGAGUUCCUGAGUGAGAAGCCUCGCCUGUCCCACAGCGACAAGAACUUCAUCGACUCCAUGGACCAGUCCGCAUUCGCCGGCUUUUCUUUCAUCAACCCCAAGAUGGAGCUCCUUUUAGAGAAGUAACUCUGGGAUGAAUAAGUGUUAGGGGUCGCGUACCUCGUCUUUAGGUACAAUCCACUUCUUGUGUCACAUGGUUCAACUUGCCAAUCAGCUGGUCCGCCAGCAGUGUUUGUGUGACCGUAUUGUAAGCACAAAUGACUCGCCUUUAGGUACAAGUAGAUUGUUAGCGCAUUACGAGGAACUGGCACUGUAUAAAUCAACCUUAUUGGAUUUGUGUGCAUGCAUCUAGCUAUUGUGUAGCCUCAAUACAUAAUAAUAAUCAUAAUAUUAAUAAUAAUAGGGUGGUAGGCUGAAAAACUCGUACAUUCCAUUUAAUGCAGGGGUGUCCAAAGUGUGGCCCAUAUGAUGGUUUGUUUGUUUAUUUUAAUAAAAUACUCCAUAAAUUUCAAGUUUGUGUAUACAGUAAGGCAAAUCUGAAUUCUUCUCCUCUUAACGCGGCCUGCUCCCCCGGCCACGCCUACUCUGCUGCCAUGAGGCAGGAAACUAUGGCUGUGAAGUCUUUAGCUCCCGAGUAAACUAAAAAAUCCUCCCAUUGCUGCUCACUUUGGUCUAGAUAAACAAUUCUUCCAUCUGAAAAAGCACUUUCUGGCUGCCAUUUUCAAGAAAAAGCAACAAACGAUACUGACCAAGUAGCCAUACAUGUUUGGUUUUAGCGCGUUUUACAAAUUUAGGGCCCAAAUUAUUUCAUUUGUCAGCAGGAGUUUGAACACUUGGACACAGUUUGGAUUUUUUUGUCACUGCUGCCAUCUUGUGUUGUAUUUUUGUAGUGCUCAGUUCAAACCAGUAAGAAAUACAAAUUUAAAAAAUAAAUAAAUUCUUCAUUAAAUGUACAUACAGAUCAACAAAAAAGGGAUUCUUUGUUUUAAUAUUUUUUGUGCAAUUCCUUCCUUUGGCUGGAUGUUAGGGCGCUAAAGAACAUAGCUGAAAUUGUGUAUAUAUAGAUAAUAAAAGUGUAUAUUGGUGUAACAUGUAUAUUGGUCGCUGUGGAUGUUUUGUUUUUUUUUUUAACCGUCUCUAUCUCUAUUUUGCAUCUAAUUAAAAACCACCAAAGACUCCAAACCA